UCACUCGCAGUGGAUUGAACAAAGAAGCGACGAUGCGUCCGACUGAUCAAGGCCUGAUGUUGGGGAGCCUGCUGCUUGUCUCCAUGUGUGUUGGGGCAGCAGCCAUGUUUAGCAGCCAACAGCUGGACGACCACUGGGACCUGUGGAAGAAGACGCACGGGAAGACAUACAAGGAUGAGGUGGAAGAAACACACCGCAGGGGAUUGUGGGAGAAGAACCUGAUGCUCAUCACCAAGCACAACCUGGAGGCCUCCAUGGGGCUUCACACCUAUGAUAUGGGCAUGAACUUCAUGGGAGACAUGACACCAGAGGAGAUCCAGCAAUCCUUUGCCACGCUCACUCCUCCCACUAACCUGAAGAGGGGGCCAUCUCCUUUUCUGGGCACCACAGGUGCUGAUGUACCAGACACCAUGGACUGGAGGGAGAAGGGCUGCGUCACCAGCGUCAAGUUUCAGGGUGCUUGUGGCUCCUGUUGGGCCUUCAGUGCUGCCGGCGCCCUGGAGGGUCAGUUGGCCUUGAAAACAGGGAAGCUGGUAGACCUCAGCCCCCAAAACCUGGUAGACUGUUCAAGCAAAUACGGCAACAAGGGCUGCAACGGUGGCUACAUGGACCAAGCCUUCCAGUACGUCAUCGACAACCAGGGUAUCGACUCUGACUCUUCAUACCCUUACACAGGACACCAAGGACAGUGCCGCUACAACUCCAUGUACCGCGCUGCAAACUGCUCCCGGUACAACUUCCUUACUGAGGGGGACGAGGGGGGUCUGAAACAGGCAAUUGGCACCAUUGGACCCAUUUCAGUGGGGAUUGACGCAACACGGCCCAGAUUUACUUUCUACAGGAGUGGAGUGUACGAUGACCCGACCUGCACUCAGAAUGUGAACCAUGCGGUGUUAGCUGUGGGCUAUGGCACACUGAACGGACAAGACUACUGGCUGGUGAAGAACAGCUGGGGAGCCACUUUUGGAGACCAGGGCUUCAUCCGGAUGGCACGCAACAAGGGCGACCAGUGUGGCAUCGCUCGAUAUGCCUGCUACCCCGUCAUGUAACAGCAGAGGAAACCAAACUGAAUCUAUGCAAACUUAAGUUCCCUUCUAUGUUUAAUGUAUACUUUUUCAGUAUAGUGCUAUUGUCAUUUUUUGCUACAGAUACAAAAAUGGCAAGUAUUUUAAUACUAAGGUUAAACACCAGCACUUCAGGUGUUUUUUUGGGGGGUUUUUUAUAUAUUGCAGGGAAGAAUAAAGUUAUUUCUAUUCACAUGUGAUCACUGAUCCGCUUAAAGUUGUAAGACUGUAUUUGUUUGUGUCUUGCUGUCUGUAUGUGUACUUGUGUUUGAAUCUAUAAUAAAAAAAAUUAUAG